GAGCCCUGACUACUGGACAUGUUGGCAUGUUGACAAGAAAAGCAUCCAUUGCAUCUGCAACAAGCAUUUGAAAUGUACUUGAUGGAACUUUUACCAGACCCACCUCUCUUGGUGGUACAGAGUUAUCAAGAUCCACUUUCAGUUGGAAAAGCUACACUUUCUCUACAUGUUUAUCACUACAUAUCAAGUGCAUGCUGGAUCUUUGGGCUUCCAGAUGAAUCUCCAUGCACGCUCUGUGCUCCAGCAACAAAUGGAGGCAGAAGCCAAAAAACCCUCUGUAGAUGAGGCAUGGGAGAAACUUGCGUGUAAAGAGGCACUUAUCAACAGGAUGAGAGAGGAGCUGGAGAAGGAAAGAGAAAGAACGAGAGGAGAGAGAGAGGCCUUUCAAAGAGAGUGUGCUGAAAUGAGGAAGGAUUUUCAGUCGGAGAAGGAAAACAUGAAUGAAGAAAGAAAAUCCAUCCAGAAAGAGUUCACAGCACAAUUAAAUAAGAGGAAGGCUUGUAAUGCUGAAAAACGUUCAAUGUGUGAAGCAAGGAAGGUCUUCCAGAUUGAAAAGAUAGAGAUGGCUACGAUGAGGAAAGCCUACAAUAAAGAAAAAACAGACAUCCAGAGGAUGAGGGAGGCUUUCUGGGUAGAGAAGGAGGCUAUGGCAAAAGAAAGAAGAGCCUUCAAUAAAGUUAAGGCAAAAUAUGAUGCUGAAAAAGAUGCCAUGUCUGAGGACAGAAAGGCCUUCAAAGUAGAAAAGGAAGAUAUGAAAAGGACGAGGAACACCUACAUUCAAGAGAAGUCAAAUAUCCAGAGGAUAAGAGAGGCUUUCCUGUUGGAGAAGGAGAACAUGAAAAAAGAAAGAGAAACCUUCAACAGAGAAGUUAGGGUGCAGGUUAUGAAGCGGAGUGCCUUCAAUGCUGAAAAUGACAAAGUGAUGACAAAGAGGCGUUCAAGGUGGAAAAGGAGGAGAUGGCGAUGAUGAAGAAGGCCUACAUUAAGGAAAAGAUAGGCAUUCAGAAAAUGAGAGAUGCUUUCCAACUAGAGAAAGAGAACAUUGAAAAAGAAAGAAAAGCAUUCAAUAAAGAACUCAAGGCAAAACAUAAGAGGAGGAAGGCCUUUGAAGCAGAGAAACACAUCAUGUGUGAGGACAGAAGCGUUUGAGAUGGAAAAGGAAGACAUGGAAAAGCUGAGGAAAGCCUACAACCAAGAAAGGACAAAAAUCCAGAGGAUGAGGGAGGCGUUCCGCAAAGAGGCAGAUAUGAAGGGGCAGAAGAAAAAUGCAUCAGUGACGGAAGAUGUGACAACACUGGCCACUAAGAGACCAGUCAAAACAAGAAAUACAACACUUCUGUCAACACAUCAGCCUCUGCGUCCUCCAACUUCCUUUCUGUCUGGGCGUGCAGAGAUGAACACGGCUGUUGCAGCAGCGCCAAGAAAUGUAAACAUCAAAAACGCUCCGAGAAACAGAAUUAGAAGUCUUUACAAUGAGCCUUCAUGAGAAUUUAAUUUAAUAUGUAUGCAUUUAAAAGAAUGCUUUAAAUGCACAUUGACAUUUAUACUGUAUGUUGAAAAAUGAA